GCCACAAAAGCCAUUUGGGACUUAAACUCCCCAAAACCAGAGAGGAUCUUGCUGGCAAGCUGGUGAUGGACCCUGGGGCCCCUGCCCAGCCUCCCCAGCCCAGGGACAGGGCAGCAGCCUGGGGGGCCAGGGCAGAGGGGCACCACAGCCCCCUCUCACCGCUCCGGCGCCAGCUGCUCCGCACAGGACACCCAGCUCGCCCCGGCUCCUGGGAUGGGAGUCACCUCCCUGGGCACCCCAGGGAUGAGGGACACAUCCCUCAGAGGGACACCCGCAGACCAUCUUCUGGAGCUGAGUACUACGACAGCAGCUACCCCAGCCAGGCAUACCCCAGGCAAGGGUAUGAAGACCCUCAUUGGCAGUAUCCAGCAACCAGCUAUGGGGAUGACUACUCCUACCAAAGCCACCAGUGGCAGCCAGUGGCCUGGCAGAAUGACAGAGACUUGAGACAAGGCAAGAGUACCAGUUACCAGAAGCAGCACUACUACAGGGGCUACCACCCCAACCUGGCCACAGGCCCCCCAGGGCAGGACAGGAAUCAGACCUACAACUCCUAUGAGGAGAGCUACAUCUCAGCUUCCAGGAGGGAAAGGGCAGGAGGAGAAUUCAGCAGCAGUUCAGGGGAGGCUGGUGGUCAGCCCCGAGAGCCCUCAGGCCAGCCCAGCCUGCUCCUGCAGUACCACGAGUCAGGGCUCAGCUCCAGCAGCCACGAGCUCAGCCAGUACAUCCGUGAUGAUGCUGACCAGUAUGACCCUAUGCUUCCAGGGACCUGGAAUGUGGAACAAACAGGGGUGCCUGUGCUGCCCACGCCGACCCCGGUGGUCCCCCUCAAGUUCCUACAGCCACACACGGCAGUGUGCUUCGGAGCUGGAGGCCAGUUGGUGCUGGCACAUCCCCACCACCCUGCUGAGGGACAGCUAGCCCAUGUUGAGCUGCACAGCCUGGAGGCAAUCCUUCAUGGCACAAAAGAGCUGGAGGAGCUAGAAGCCUUCCCAGGGCCCCUGGCCAGGGAAGAUCUGCACAAGGUGGAUGUGAUGACAUUUUGCCAGCAGAAGAUAGCCACGGGCUGUGAUCUCUCAACACAGAGGGGCAGAGAUUCUUCUCUUCUCUGGAAACUCCUGGUCCUCCUCUGCCGGCAGAAUGGGUCCAUGGUGGGCUCAGACACAGCUGAGCUGCUGAUGCAAGACUGCAGACAUGAGGACAAGUACAAGAGGCAAGACCCUGCAGCCAACCUGAUAGGCCUGACGGACGACGAGUUGGUGUCGCGACAGCCAGGGACCCUGGACCUCAUCACCGGGGAGGUCCCUCCUGUUGUGGAGACUCAGGCACAGAUAGUGGAGAAGUUCACCAAGCUCCUCUACUAUGGCAGGAAGAAAGAUGCUCUGGUCUGGGCCAUGAGAAACCAGCUGUGGGGCCAUGCACUGUUCCUCUCCAGCAAGAUGGACCCUCGGACCUACAGCUGGGUGCUCACUGGGUUCACCAGCACACUGGCCACCAAUGACCCCCUGCAGACACUCUUCCAGCUCAUGUCAGGAAGGAUUCCUCAGGCAGCACUGUGCUGUGGGGAUGCCACAUGGGGGGACUGGAGGCCCCACCUGGCUGUGAUGUUAUCCAACAAGGUUGGAGACAUGGAGCUGAACCACCGAGCCAUUGUCACCAUGGGAGACACUUUGGCCAGCAAGGGAGCAGUGGAAGCAGCUCAUUUCUGCUACCUGAUGGCAGAUAUCCCUUUUGGUUACUUUGGGGUGAAGACAGAUCGCAUGGCCCUGCUGGGCAGCAGCCACCGCCAGGCAUUUGCCCAGUUCGCCAGGACAGAAGUCAUCCAGAGGAUGGAAAUCUUUGAGUACUGCCAGCAGCUACGACAGCCUGAAUCCUUCCUGCUUCCCUUCCAGGUGUACAAGUUGCUCUAUGCCUCUCGCUUGGCUGACCAUGGGCUCCCAGCCCAGGCCCUUCAAUACUGUGAACAGAUUGCCACUGUGCUCCUGCGCCAGGACCCAGCCAGGCACCCUGUCCUGGCCCAGCAAGUGAUGAAGCUAGCUGAGCGGCUGAAGCUCUCUGACCCUCUGCUCCUGGAGAUGCCAGAGCAGGAUGAGACCCUGGAGCCUGACUGGCUGGAGCAGCUCCGAGCCUGCUGCCAGGAGUGGGAGGUAAGCAGUGCUGUGGGGCAGCUGGUGGAAGAUCAUCUCCCUCUGGAGGUGACACUCGCUCAGCCAGGGCUCUCCUGUCCUGAUCCAUUGAUGGCAGAUGGUGAGUCUGGCAAUGAGCUUUCCCAGAGUGCAGGCUACCAGUAUGACCAGUGGUCCCAGCCUGUGCCACCACAGGGACCCAUCUCCCAGGAGAAUGUGUCUGUCUGGUCCCCAGCACCUGCUCAGGCCACAGCAUCACCACUGCUCGGCGUUGGGCAGGAGCUGCAGCCCCCUGUGCUCAGCCAAGGGACAGCUGCCCCUCCAGGGGGGGAAUUUGCUGAGUCCCCUGCACAGGUGAUGCCACUAGCAGCAGAACCUGAGGAGCCCUGGGGUACCCCACUGUCCCUCGGGAAGGUGCUGCCAGACCUCCCAGCAGAGCAGGAGGAGUUAAAGACAAGGGUUCGGACUGACUCGGAGACCUCCACUGUCUCCUUGGAUGACAGCCAGCCUUCCUCGGAGAGCGAGGCUGAGGACACUGCUGAGGAGGCAAAGAAGCCAAAUGAGGACAAGAGCUCUGGAUUCAGGUGGUUUGGCUGGUUUCGGUCAAAGCCCACCAAAGAAGCUUCUUCCAAAGCCACAACUGAGGCAACCUCAGACUCCCCCACAUCUGGACUGCAGGAGAGGACGUCACCAUCCCCACCCAAUGCCCCUCUUGCAGCUGGGAUAAGCCCCUUGGCUCAGCCUCUCUCCAGAAAUCCUGGAGGAAUGCAGGGUGAAAAUACCUUUGCUGUUAGCCCAGUGCCCAUGGAGGUGAGGAGCUCGUGGGACAAGGUUGGAGGGCAGACAGCAGGACAGCAGGCCUUCCAGACUCGCUUCCCUGGGCCUCUCCCACCACGGGCAUCAAUCCCCCUCUUCAACCCUGCCCAGGUCUCGCAGCUUGCUGCCACUGCCCGACCCACCCAACCCAGGCUGCUUUCCCAGCGCCGCUACCCCAAUCCCCUCUGA